UCUCGUCCCCUACCUAUAAAAGAGAAGGGGAAAAAUAAGUGUCCCUUCAGAAAACAAGAAAAUGGCUAAGUAUAAGCGGCCAGACACCAACAGGAGCUUAGAGAGCUUGUUGGAUUUGGACAAAUCUGCACAGUUGAGUAAGAUUAAUGGUAUUAAUUUGGCGAAGCAGCCAACGCGCAAGCUAAUUCCAGGACAUGGUCUAGAGUUCAAUAAUCUGUCUUAUAGUGUCACAAAAAAAGUAAAGAAAGAUGGUGUUUGGAUCAAUAGAGAAGUUUAUCUUCUUAAUGAUAUAUCAGGACAAGCCUUACGAGGCGAAAUCAUGGCCAUCAUGGGGCCUAGUGGUGCUGGAAAAUCAACUUUUCUUGAUGCCAUUGCUGGACGAAUUGCGCGUGGUAGUCUUGAAGGAACUGUUAGAAUUGAUGGCAAACCAGUGACAACAAGUUACAUGAAGAUGAUCUCCUCUUAUGUAAUGCAAGAUGAUCAGCUCUUUCCUAUGUUGACAGUUUACGAGACGUUUAUGUUUGCAGCUGAGGUCAGGCUACCACCAUCAAUAUCGAGAGCAGAGAAGAAAAAAAGGGUUCAUGAACUUCUAGAGCAAUUAGGUUUAACGAGUGCAACACACACGUACAUAGGAGAUGAAGGAAGAAGAGGAGUGUCAGGGGGAGAACGUCGGAGAGUCUCAAUUGGGAUUGACAUAAUCCAUAAGCCAUCUCUGCUGUUUCUCGACGAACCUACAUCUGGUCUUGAUUCUACAAGUGCUUUUAGUGUUGUUGAAAAAGUGAAAGACAUAGCUAAAAGUGGUAGCAUAGUACUCAUGACCAUCCACCAGCCUUCUUUCAGAAUCCAAAUGCUCCUCGAUAGCAUCACAGUCCUUGCAAGGGGAAGACUUGUAUAUUUGGGAAGUCCAACAGGUGUAGCAGCUUUCCUUGCUGGUUUUGCAAGACCAGUUCCAGAUGGUGAAAACAGCUUAGAGUACCUCUUAGAUGUGAUCAAAGAGUAUGAUGAAUCAACUGUGGGACUUGAUCCCCUUGUCUUGUAUCAAAGGGAUGGCAUUAAACCUGAUCAAGCAGCUAAAACCCCUCUCCGAAAACCACCAAAAACACCAAGAGCUCCUCGAACUCCGUAUGCAAAGUCACCCUGGACCAAACAUAUUAGCCUCCGCAGCUCUCAUUUUUCCUCUGGAAACAUGAAUUCCCAGAGAGAUCCUAAAGAUCAGUCCGAAUCUAAUGUUAAUAGUUUUGGUUAUUAUGAUGAGGAUGAUGAUGAGGAUUUUGAUAACUCGUUGGAACGGAAGGUUCCUCAAACGCCCAUGAGUAUGCAGAGCGGGAUUCAUCCACGUUUGGCUUCACAUUUCUACAAAGAUUUCUCCGUUUGGCUAUACAAUGGUGUUAAAGGGACUCCUCGCAUUCCGCCAACAUGGAACUCUGGAAUAAAAACAUCAAUUUCUGGUUUAAAAUCAAACAUAUCUUCAGGUCAACUCCCAAUGUCUCAACAAACACCUUCACGUGUUAUAACUCCAGUAGCAUCAGCAAUUUUCACCCCGGGACGAGAAGGAAUAGAGUACUCAUCAUAUAAUCCAUCGUAUGAAGAAGUAUUUGAAGUCGAAGAGGUGCUGGAUGAGCCAAUUCACAGGCACAAAUUCGCGAAUCCAUGGCUUAGAGAAGUUGCAGUCCUCUGUUGGCGUACUACAUUGAACGUAAUUCGCACCCCUGAACUCUUCCUCUCUCGUGAAAUCGUCUUAACCGUCAUGGGACUAGUCCUGUCUUCCUUCUUCCGAAAGCUAAAUCAUUACGACUUCAAAACAAUCAACCACCUCCUCAACUUCUACAUCUUCACAAUCUGCCUAGUCUUUUUCUCCUCGAACGAUGCUGUUCCAACUUUCAUUCAAGAACGAUUCAUCUUCAUUCGCGAGACAUCUCACAACGCUUAUAGAGCAUCUUCUUAUGUCAUUUCUUCCCUUAUUGUAUACCUCCCCUUCUUCGCGAUCCAAGGCUUCACAUUCGCAGCCAUAACUCAAUACAUACUUCGCAUAAACAGCAGCAUUCUUAGCUUCUGGCUGAUCCUGUAUUCCUCACUCAUUACUAGCAACGCUUACGUGAUGCUGGUCAGUGCACUUGUACCAAGUUACAUCACGGGGUACGCGAUCGUCAUAGCAACCACGGCUCUAUUCUUCCUAACAUGUGGAUUCUUCUUAAAGAGGACUCAAAUUCCUCUUGUUUGGAGAUGGCUACAUUACAUAUCAGCAAUUAAAUAUCCAUUUGAAGCAUUGUUGAUUAAUGAAUUUAAAGGCACAAGACAUUGUUAUGAUGGCGACCUUGCUGAUCUUUCACCUGGUCCUUUAGGAGAUGUGAAGAUUAGUCAAUUGCAUAAGGAUGCUGUUGCUAGAGGUGAUGUUUCACAAAAUUGCACAUUGGUUGGUGAAGAUGUUUUGUUUUCUAUGGACAUUACAAAGGAGAAUAUAUGGUUGGAUAUUGUUAUUUUGUUGGCUUGGGGAGUUCUUUAUCGUCUUUUCUUCUAUGUAGUUCUUAGAUUUUACUCGAAGAAUGAAAGGAAAUGA